CUUUUAUAAUACACGUGUCAUAUAAUGUAUUAGAGAGGAUUCGAGUAUAUAAUUGGGGAGUAGAGAGAAUAUCUCACUGUGGCGAACAUUUAUGUUUGAGGAAAUAUCAGAGAUGAAGUUAUCAACGUAUCUUAUUUUGGUGUGUCAUUUGCAUCAGAUUGUUGCCGACGUUGACCCACUUCAAUUGAUCCAUCAGACCUUAGCAGCUCUACAAAGCCAGAUUGACAUCUAUCAGGUCCAUCAGACCUCAGCAGCUCUAAAAAGCCAGAUUGACAUCUAUCCGAUCUAUCAGACCUCAGCAGCUCUACAAAACCAGAUUGACAUCUAUCAGAUCCUUCAGACCUUAGCAGGUCUACAAAGCCAGAUUGAAGGUCAAGAAACGCGGAUAAAUGCUCAACAAUUGCAGAUACAUGCUCUACAGAAAGCUGUUCAAGAGCAAAACGGUAGAAAAGAAGCAUUUACUGCUGUGAAAACCAAAACGCAAACAAACAUCGGCCGGAAUGACAUGAUUGUAUUCGAAACCGUUGUGUUCAACGAAGGCAAUGCGUAUGCCCCAAAUCAAGGUUUCGUAGCUAAAAGCGCUGGCGACUAUUCGUUCACUCUAACGGUAGCGCACGAUAGUCACCCUGACUCGUUGCAUGCGGGAAUCAUGCUGGAUGGCCAGAUUAUAGCGAUUGCUCAAUCGACUAAGGGGAUGUUUGACCAGGGCAGUCAGACGGUGAUCGUUCAUAUGCAUCCUGGACAGCGUGUCUGGGUGCAAAGUCUCGAUUACUCGAAUCAGUUCGUCUAUGGAGAUUUGUACAGCGCGUUCUCGGGCUUCCUGCUACAACGAGAUUAGAAGAUGCAUAUUCUCUGAAAUGGAACCCUCUUUUUGUAAAUAAGCAUAUGCAGCAAACGAUGUGUAAUUAUAGUGUAAAACAAAGAUUUUUAAAAAUAUUCUUAUGACUUUCACGAGCCACAAUAAACAUGACAACCUUUAUUGUGAAUAAUGUAUAAGACAAAAUUUAA